AUGUUUAGGAAUCAGUACGACACAGAUGUGACUACAUGGAGCCCAACAGGUCGGCUUUUCCAAGUAGAGUACGCCAUGGAAGCUGUGAAGCAAGGCUCCGCCGCGAUCGGACUCAGAUCUCGCUCCCAUGUCGUCCUUGCUUGUGUCAAUAAAGCCCAAUCGGAGCUCUCUUCUCAUCAGAGGAAGAUCUUCAAAGUCGAUGACCAUAUCGGUGUCGCCAUCGCUGGUCUCACCGCCGACGGUCGUGUUCUCUCUCGUUACAUGAGAUCUGAGUCCAUUAAUCACUCUUUCACCUACGAAUCCCCACUUCCCGUUGGCCGUCUCGUCGUUCGUCUCGCCGAUAAGGCUCAGGUAUGUACCCAACGAUCAUGGAAACGGCCUUACGGUGUGGGUUUGCUGGUUGGUGGAUUAGACGAGUCAGGAGCCCACCUCUACUACAACUGCCCGAGCGGAAGCUACUUCGAGUACCAAGCAUUUGCUAUCGGGUCACGUUCGCAAGCUGCAAAGACUUACCUGGAACGCAGAUUCGAGAGCUUCAAGGAAUCAUCAAGAGAAGAGCUGAUCAAUGAUGCUAUUUUGGCCAUAAGGGAAACUCUUCAAGGGGAAACACUCAAGAGCUCGCUGUGCACGGUUUCUGUUCUGGGAGUCGAUGAACCGUUCCAUUUCUUGGACCAGGAAAGCAUACAAAAGGUGAUUGACACGUUCGAGGUGGUUCCAGAGGAAGAGGAGGAUGCUGGUGAGGCUGACGCCGCCGCUGCCGAUGGUGCUGCUGCUGCUGCACCAGCGGAACAAGGUGAUCAAGAUGUUGCACCAAUGGAGAUGUGA